AACAUUCUUCUGUCAAAAGAAAAGCUCUUAUAUAAUAAGGUAACAAACAAUGUUAAACUCUAUUGACCGUUUCAAAGAAUUGUUUGUAGCUGUACUAUUUUCGUAAUAAAAAUAUCGAAAAAUCACGUCUGAAAUGAUAACAUUCCGAAUAUAAGAUAUCGCUUCACCCUUGAUCAUUAUCGAUGUUAAUAUUAUUUAAAAAUACUAAAGUAACGAAAAAAAAGGGAAAGGAUAGUUUUGAAUAGCAUUAACCCUUUCGCUGCUGCAGGCGAUCGCAGACUGUAGCAUUCUAACUAAAAGUGGUUUUAUUUAAUAACGUAUCGCUUCUACCAGAAGUGACCUUAAUAAAAGAGUUAAAUUUUAACUAUACGUUUCUAUUAAAUCAAGAAAUUUAUUUGAUGUAUACCUUGCUUUACUUUACUGCAGAAGGAAAAGAGUUAUGGGUGUUAUAACAGUCGAGUUGACUACCCUGUAUAAAACAGUAUUUCACGUAGCAAUUAAACGUUGCACGUAUCAAAUCAGAAUAGUCCUUGUUCGAGUUGUGCGCUAUUACAGGUAGGACUUUCUCUCCGUCGCUGUGACAUAAUCUUUUGAACAGGAGAGCUGGAACUGAACGGCAGAUUGAAAACUGGAUUAGUUUCGUUUAUUAUCACGUACAGUGCGGACAUGACAAGGAACAGUUGCAGCUUUGUUAUACCGGUGUUGGGUGUUCUUCUGGUAACAGGGUACACAGCAUCGCUUCAGAAUCGAAUAGUGGUUGCCGAUUACAAUUACAACGACUACCAGCAGGACCACCACAAUUACCAGCCAGUUACUAAAUAUGAUAAAUCUUACAACGACUACCAGCAGGAUUAUCAAAAUUACCAGCCAGUAGCUAAAUAUGAUAAAUCGUACAACGACUACCGGGACUACCAAAACUAUCAAAACUUUCGACCAGUUGCAAAAUUCGAUAGACCGAUCGUCGUGAAAGCCAUCGAGAAGCCGAAAAACGAACAAGAUUUUAGUAAAAUACCUGGUAUCCCUGGGGUAGAUUUCCCUUUGUAUCAUACCGUGCCUCCGACAAGCUUUUCCUGUGCACACGUUCCAUUCGUGCCUGGAAUGUAUGCAAACGUGGAAACUGGUUGCCAGGCAUAUCAUAUUUGUCACGAUGGUCGGGAAGGUCAUCAAGGAGCCUCAUUCCUCUGCACCAAUGGAACUCUUUUCAAUCAAAAGGAUUUCGGUUGCGAUUGGUGGUAUAAUGUGAAUUGUGCUGAGGCACCAGCUUUGUACAGAUUAAACGAGGAUCCUCUAAAGAAUCCGUUCGUGCCAAAGGAAAAGAAAGAUUCGUAUCGAAAACUAACGAGGAUCGUCGUUGUUUAAAUUCCAUGACCGAAGCGCAAAAAGAACACUGAACACUCCUACUGCGUUCGGAUUUACAAUGACCCAAUAGGAGGGUCAAACUCAAAUGAUGCAGGCUCAUUUUGAUCCGUAAUUAAAACUUUAUCAGAUACAAAAAAUUUGUUUUCAAGUGUAAGUAGUACAUUUGAAUCAAAAUGACCCUGCAGUUCGAACUGCUUACUUCUGGACAGAAAUCUUUUGAUGAAUGCAUUUUAUAAUAGCAGUAUUUUCAUGAAUGUAGUUUGGAUCU